AAAAAAGCAUUUUAUUGCUCUGAGGAAGAAACUGUUACAGAUAGGAGCAACCAGUUUAAUCUAUCACUAAAUUCCUGAUAACUAUUAACAGUCUCUGUGAAGCCCACAGCAUGAGAAAACACUGAUUAAUAUUUAGCAGAGAUGUACUGAGUGCAUGAGAGUAUCAUGUUCAUCCCUUGAUGCACGGCUGCUGGGAAAGCUGCAGACUAGGAAAGAGCCUUCAGUGAAUGGGGUCACAUCCAUAUCCUCCGCUUCAGUGAAUUUAAAUAAUUGCUCAACCACCCAAUGACUGGGUAAAUGUUUGGCCUGAAAAUGGGAAAGCCAAAUCCUGGGAGGUGAUGCACAAUUCAAGUGCUAUAAACCAGCCCAGAUAGAGUUUCUCACAUCCCCACAGGAAUAAGCAAAAGCCUCAAACAUCUUCUUUAGAAGUCAUUGUGGGCUGGAAGGCUUCGAGCUGGAUGAGCCAAAAGCACGUGGCAUUGCCACUUCUGCUGAAUUAAGCGGCUGCACCUGGUUAUCUCUUGCAAGUGGUCUAGGCAUGGAUUGUAAUCCUGGAGUUUCAUUGUCAUUUCUGUACAGAAACGACCCGUUUUAUUCUCUUUGCCUGUCUGAUUUAAUGAGAGCUCCCCAAGGGGUGAGCAACCAAUUUUUGAAAGAGCAAAGGAAUCUAACUGAGUCAUUAAAGAGGAUAGAUCAUUGUCAAAUGAGCAGAAUAGGACAACUAAAUGAAGAGAAGAGACAGUUUGCUUUGCUGAUGAAGAGAAGACUGACCCCUAGAAGCAGCAGGCUUUUUUCUCUGGCAGGAGAAAGGGACUCCAUUAGAACCUGCUCUGCAAAGAAUUUUAGAGACCUGACAUCUGGAAAAAGCAGCACUGAAAGCUGUGAAACUGUGUCAACUGUUUCCAGCUACAGGACAGGUUCUACAGCUUCAAAGAGCUCUAAUAAUUUUGAGGGGAAAAAAUGGAGAAAUCAUACAAGUCACCUCAAUGUUCGUAGGGAGUACAGCACCACUAUGUUACAGGAAAAGAAAUGUCAGUAUGGAGAGACUGCACAACUUCUUGUAAGAAGCGAGAGCUGCUUCCCUAGCCUGCGAUCAGAAAACAACAAUGAAGCCCCCUUCCUCACUAGCAGAAGAAAUUUGUGAUGUAUGGGAGAAAGUGUGCUAGUGUGAUAAUACAUUUCUUGUGACCUGCCUGUCUUGUACUUGUCAAAAUGAUCACACAAGGGAUCCUCGCAAGUUUUUUUUUGAAAAAUACUGAGUUGUCUAACCAGUUUCACACCAUUUGAAGAUUUACUGUUUUAUGGGUGGGGCGGGGGGUACCCAAUAUAUUUUAUUAAUGGGGUAGCUUAUCAAGUUAACUUUUAUUGUGUUAUAGAAUGUCCUAGAUAUUUCUGCUAUAUGAUCCAUGGGGUUUAUUUUGUUACUUUUUUUAAAAAUAACUUUUAUUUACUUUUUUACUUGUUAUUAUCUUUCUAUUCAGGCCCUCUACUAUUCAUCUUCUAGUCUGCCAUUGAAAAACUGGCUGAUUGCUAUGGUAAAUUUGACCCAAGCAACCAGAUAGGUGCUAUAAAUCUAAACUAGAGAGCUGCUGAAUAAAAAGCAAUACAAAAAUUAAAAAUAAAAAUUGUUUCAGAA